AUGGAAGACAGCAAACCCGAUUUACUCUGCGGAAGGUCAGCUGAUUACUAUGUGAUAGAGGAGCACUUUGCAAUGCUUGUAUGUGCCACUGUUGUCCUGGGAGGAUUUGUAAAGAUGGUUUUAAGGAAUUCUGACGUCUUGGUCUUGGCAAUUCUUUCCAUGACAGGAUUUGUGCUAGGACAGCUGGCCUACCAUUUCGUUGAGGUCCUGUUAACUGCGUUGAUAAGCUUUUGCACAGCAUUCAUCGUAAUUGGAUAUGUGGUUUUGAAAUUCAAUAAGGAAUCAUGGGAUAUACAGUGUUGCUUAUUCUUUAGCAUCACCCUGGGCAUUACAGAUCCUAUUCAUUCUGUGAACACAAUGAAAACUAUUGGUAUUUCUAAAAUGUAUAUUGAUAUCAUCAGAGGAGAAUCGUUGAUCAUCUGUAGUGUCACAGCCAUCUUUUUUGGAAUUUUUCGGGGCUACUCAUUGCAUACUUCCAUGUUUAGAGAGUUACAUGUCGUCAUGGGACUCGCCUUGGACAUCGUCGGGAGCAUCAUCUGUGGAUACUGCUGUGCCAGGGUCAUCCAGUGUAUAUUGACAGACCUUUUCAGCAACACACUCACCAAUGUCAUCCUCUGCUUUUCCAUGGUGUACAUGACUUUCUACAUUGUGGAACUUCUUGGAAUGUCAGGCAUCGUUGCUUUGGUCACUGUGGGACUGAAUUUAGAUUCCUUAAGCUUUAAACCGAAGAUGGAGUUCAUAAUUACUAAGUUCCUAACAAUGUUUUCAUCUGUAUAUGAACAUUUAAUAUAUACUUUCUUUGGCAUUGUGGUUGGAUGUGGAGAAAUCAAGUAUUUUAGAUUUUACACUGUAGCUUUCGUUUUCAUCUUGUUUGUAACAGUGAUAUUUGUCAGGUGGCUUACUAUUAUCUUAGUGAGCCCGAUUUUGAUACACUCAAGUUAUGAGUAUAAUUGGCGGUGGGGAGUCGUUCUCACCUGGUCUGGAAUCAGAGGAAUUUUCAGCUUACUCUUGGCUCCUGAUAUUUAUAAUCUGGCUGAACACAAAGAAGAGGCACCACAUAUGAUUUUAUUCUAUGUGCAAGUAAUAACAUUAUUGACUAUGGGAAUAAACUCAUACAUGAUGAUCGAGUCAGCUAGAACAUUAGGUCUAUGUGCUAUUACUCUACCAAGACAAAUGGCCAUGGAAAACGCCAUCCAGCACAUCCAGGAGAUCAUCCAGAACACGAUAACGUUAUUUAAGACAGAAAAACUUUUGACAAAUGUGAAUUGGAGUGUGGUAGAAAGAAAAGCAAAGAUUAAAUACAUUCCUUUUUCACACGUGUCCCAGGGUGAGAAAGAGAUGUCUCCAACAGAUGAAGUCUUAAUAGAAGAAGCCAGGCUGCACGUGGCGAUAAUACAAAUGAGUAGCUUUGAAAAACAAUGUAACAAUGGAAUCCUUGGAGUAGAAGCAGCCCGGAUAUUAAUUGGUGCAACCAAAAGCUUUUGCCCCAUCAAAGGAAAAUUUAUGAAUAUUUAUGAUGUUUCAACUUAUGUCAGAUCUAGAAGUUGGCUUAUGAAGUUUAAAAACAUGUUAUCUUACCUGGAAUAUCGUAAAGAAAAUACAUCUUUUAUUCCAUCUGGGAGUAACAAGCUGAUUGUUUUUGUAUACAGUAUCAUAAGUUCAGAAGAAUAUGAAUAUACAAGACAUGUCAUAACACUGAUAUAUAUUUUCCCUAUGGUCAUGCACAUAUGGCCAAUGGCAAGAGAGUUAAACGUGUCAGCACUGAUAUCAAUAAACCACUACUUUGUGUUUUUAUAUGUAUUAGAAUCAGCCUCAAAGUUGCUAAUUUUGAAGAGAGUGUAUUUCCGUCAACACUGGAAUGUUUUGGAGUUUUUUAUCAUGGUUAUUGGAAUCAUUGAUAUCUUUUGCAUAUACUUUGUUAAACUGAGACCAGACAACUUGUUUCUCAUCCAAUUUACUGUGGUCAUGGGAUAUUUAAGAGUAAUUCGGUUUCUACCUCUCUUUAAGAUGGUGGUGCCGUUCUUGAUCAACAUUGCAGAAAUACAGAUGAAAAAGCGUCUCAGCCUGAUGUAUAGUAUUACCAAAGGCUAUGUCAAAAGUCAAGAAGAUGCCAAGCUUUUAGUAAAACACAUUUCUGGCCGUGAAUCAAUAUAUCAGAAAUUAUAUGAAAUUUUGGAAACAAACAAACGAGAUGCUGUCAAAGAACUAGGCCUCAUAGAACAUGAGGGCCGUGAUGUUGUCAUCGCUCUGAAGACUAAACAGACAAUCCAGAAUGUGAUCGCUAAGGCUCUGAAAAAUCUUACUUUCCUGUGGUCAAGAGGCAUUAUUGACAAGCAUGAAGGCAUUGAGAUGAAUAAGGUACUGCUUUCAAAAAUUAAAGCACUGAAUAACUUUCCAAUGUCAAUCCCACCCCCAACCCCCGACAAUUACCUUCCUAACAUUGUCUGGAUGGAAAAGAAAGACAUUCUUAUUAAUUUCUUCAAGGAAAGAACCAGACUUGCUCAUUAUGACUAUGGAGAUGUCAUUUUCAGAGAAGGGGAAAUGCCACAGGGAAUCUAUUUAAUUAUUUCAGGAAUGGCCACUCUGCACAGCUCCUCCCCCACCUUUGGCAUAGAGCACAGAGUGACACCCGACAGAAACUCACCGACGCUUUAUACCGAGUACUGCACUAGUGGGCAAGUCCUUGGAGAGCUGAGCUGUCUGCUGAAGCGGGAAAUGGAAUACACUGCCAUCUGUGAAACCUCCUUACAGGCCUUCUUCAUCUCCUUGGAGGAUUUAUACGAAGGUUUUGAUAUUUUCUGGCCAACCCUGGAAUAUAAAAUAUGGCUUAAGUUUGCUCUUGGCAUUGCAAAUCAGUAUUUUGAAUCAAUUGUUGAUGAUGAGGACCUGAAGUUUGAGAGCUGUGUGUUGUUGAACAAUGCAUAUGUGGAGACCUUAUCAAGCUAUAACGAACUGACCAUUAACAAAGAGACCAUGAAAAUUGUUAUUAUUGUGUAUGGCAGUGUCAUUAACAGUAAGACAGAAGAACUCUACCCUGCACCUUACAUUAUACCCCAAACCUGUGAACAGGUUCAGGGAGUUGCGGAUGUCAGCAAGCUGCUGAUAGUGCAAGAAUCGGAGCCUGCCAAAAGCGAUACGACCUCUCACGCCAUGGACAACACUGGUCUUCGAACAACCAAGAGAGACUAUACUUGGAAGCGAAAAGAUGAGGUGCUGCACGAGAGCAUGCCGGGCGUGCCGGCCCUGGCUGCAGGCUUCCUGGAGUGUCCGUUUUGA